AUGGAAAUGGACACAUCCCGAGAGGCUAGAACCGCCUCAUCUUACAAUAUCCCGUCUCGACGGCUGGUUAGCGUGGAGCACCCUGCAGUUAUUCGCAACAUUGAUAAAGCCAUAGAAACACUGCAGGGCAAUACAGGAAUAAAUAGAUUUAUGAAUCCGGUUAGACCUGAUGCUCCUGCACGUCUAACCCUGCGACCGGAAGAUGCCAUGGCACGACCUCUGGUAUCCACAGUCAACCAAACCAAUAACAUCUUACUCCAAGUGACUGUUCCUAAGCGAACUGGUCGAAAGCGUAAGAGAGGAUCUGACGAGCCGUUCACCGGUGCGCCGGAAGAUGCACCAGACUCCCAGCGGCGUACAUCAAAAGAGUUGAUGCGCUGUCUUCGUGAUAACCCUUCCCAAUACAACAUCCAACCAGUCGGAAAGAUUGAGCGUACUCAUGUAUUUCGAGGAAUGCCGGAUUUUGUCUACUCGACUACCAGCAGUGUGUUCGCUCAAAAGUUCCGGGAUUACAUUGUCCCAUAUAAUUUGGAGAAAUUAAAGAAAUUUGAUAUCGACUUGACAAAGGGUGCCCUGAAAGACGCCGAUAUCAUCCCACCACCCUCCCUGAGUAACGAACAAGUUCCGUUCCUCUACAUGUACCGUCAAAACCCGGGUGUCAAACAAACACUGGAUGAAUACGGCCAAAUAAUAACACAGAACAUCCAACAAGUCCCUAAAAUUCGUACAUACCUCUUGCCGCACGACAUCGAUGAAGUCCCGAGCAAGCCCCAGGAAAGUCUUCAACCAAAAGAGACUCUCGACCCCAGUCUGCGCAGAGUUAUCGACUUCAUUAGUGAGCUCUUCGAGAAGCGUCCUAUCUGGACACGUCGUGCUAUCCGAAACUUUCUCCACUCAGACGAACAACGUUAUCUACUUCGUCUUGCAGUCCCCUACGUGGGUUACAUCUUUCGCGCAGGACCAUGGCGCGAUGCAAUCAUCAAGCUCGGUGUCGACCCGCGUUCUUCACCUGAGUAUCGGCAUUACCAGACCUUCAUGUUUCGACUGAUGCCCGGCGAAUCCGAUUUAGGUCGAGAUGGCGGUAGCCGUCGGGAUAGGUAUGCCCGUCUGGAUCCAGAAACUCGAAUUGAGAUCCCCGAGUCCAGAGACAGCUAUUUAUUCACGGGACGCUUGCCCCUGCAUCAAGAUGGACGAAUCUGGAUGGUCUGUGACAUUACAGAUCCCAUUUUGAAAAAUAUUCUCUACCCACCCGAAGAAAGCCAAUCUGAACCUUUUCUGCGAGAGACGUGUGAAAUUCUCUCGGAUGGCUGGUUUGGUAACGGAACUCUAGCCAAAGUGAAGAUCAUCAUGCGUUCCAAGAUCGCAACGCUGCUGGAGGGCUGCGAGCCCGACGAUGCGGAUUAUGUGAAGGCUGCCGCGUUUCCUAAUUUUGCGAACGAUGAGGGGGAUUUAAGUACCUACUUCCAGGUCGAUGCGCGUACGUCGACCCCGAAGGAAAUUUCUCUAGCAACUGAGAUUCGGGCUGCUAUCAAGAGUGCUCCACAAUGGAAGCGGACGAAUGCGAAGGAUAAGGACGGAAAUGACAGGAAAGGAAAGGGCAAACAAAGUGCGGCCAAGUCGCAGCAAAGAGAGGUGGAGAUGGAAGACUACGAGGGGGGGAUGGAAGAAGGAGAGAGUGAGGGAGAAGAAGAGGAGAUGGAGAGGGUCGAGAUACAGGAAGAGCAGGUUGCGGCAGCACUGGCGGCCAGGCAGGCUGCCGAAGAAGAAGAAGAAGAAGAAGAAGAAGAAGAAGGAGAAGAAGAAGAAGAAGAAGAAGAAGAAGAAGGAGAAGAAGAAGAAGAAGAUGAUGAUGAUAAGGAAGAUGAUGGAAAUCACUUCUAG